CCGGAAGGCAGACAGAGCUUUUUCGCGGAUAUAUUUUUUAAGAAAAAAAAAAAAAAAGAAAACAGAUAAUAAUCAAGCUGAAGUAGCAGGUGCAAUACAUCUGGGAGGGUGACCAUGGCAGUCCAGUAUGACGGCUUGUCGCACUGCAAGCUCGCGCUGGUGUUCGCGGUGCUGAUGGACCUACUGGGAGUCACGGCACUACUGGUGGGGGUCUUCGCCCCCCUGGAGAUCAAGGGUCGGGAUUUUGGGGACCUGCUGGUGUACUCCGGGGCCUUGCUGGUACUCAUGUCGCUGGGGGGUUGGGUCAUGUGGUACAGCGGCAACAUCGAGGGCCUGACCACUCGCAAGGAGCUGGGCCACAUAGGGAGCGCGGUGGACCGGCUGGCUCGCAACCUCAGCCGGAGGAUACGGACACACCGGAGCCACAGCGGGCCCUAGGGCCCCCGGUUGACCAGCGGAGAGGAUUAGCAGGACUGUUACAAAAAACACGACAGAUGGCCGAGUUUGACCACUCCAUCUGUACAACCCAGACUUGUACAAAGAUAAAACGCCUGUGUUUUGGUUGAAAUUUGUAAUGUAUCAGCAACAGUAUUGUCUUAUUUUAGGGAAUAUGUUCGAAGGCACAACUGAACACACCAUUGCAAACAGGUCUCAUACUUGUUCAAAUGUAUGAGUGGUUUAUGUAUUCUAUUGUUACAAUCAAGGAUUUUUCUAACUAACUAGAUAUAUCAUAAUAAACUGUCCAUAAAUGACAUGUAAUGGAACAUGACCAUGUAAUGUAACUUGACCUUU